CGCGAAUGGAGUUGGAGAAGCAAGGGACGAAGGUUCCUCUCUCAGACAAAGUGAGCAUUUGGGUGUUCCCAUCCGAAAAAGGGAAGAAGAAUUGGUUUGGGAGAUUCGGGGUUUAAGAAGAACUCGGCUCUAUUGAUGAUGAAGGAAGAAGAAGAACAAGGAAGAGACUGCAACUCACCAUCUUCACCAACAUUACCUGGAGAUAUCUUGUAUGAGAUCCUAACUCAUGUGGCUCUAGAUGAUCUUCUCCGACGAUGUAGAUGGGUUUGCAGAAAUUGGAAUGCUCUCACACAUGAUUCUACUUUCAACCACUUGCAUUGUCAAAGAACACAAUCAGUUUCUGGUUUCUUUGUUCAGAAUCUUCAGAAAAAUAAAUACCACACUAGCUUCCUCUCCAUUGUAACCUCUCCAAUUGCAAUCUCUCUUGACUUUAUGCCGACGACUAACCUUAAGAUUGAAGCCUCUUCAUAUCAAGCACAAGGUCUGGUUUGCUGCAUGAGUCAAGCUUAUCAUAACCCACCAAGGUACUAUGUUUGCAAGCCUAUCACAAGACAAUGGAGAAGAAUUCCCAACCCUAAGACUCGUUACUAUACUGAAAAAAUGGCAAUUGUGGUAAAGAAAUCGCAGCCGUUGCAUUACAAGAUCAUUCGACUUUCAAGGUCUAAGAAGUAUGGGGGUUUGCAGUGUGAGAUAUUUGAUUCCAAGAACUGGGCAUGGAGUAUGCAGUUGGAGGAUUUGAAGUUGCCUGGUUUAGCUCUAGAGUCUGAGAUUCUUAUGAAUGGUUCUGUUCAUUGGUUAACCUUUGAAGAACGAAAACAAAUAUUUGCUUUCGACAUUGAUAAAGCGAAUUGGAGGCUAAUCUCAUUGCCUCAAUCAGAAUCAUCUUCAUCAUUAGAAGGAGAGGAAGUAGAAGCUAUGAACAUUGACUUUGAAGUUCACAAAAAAUUGGUGAACUGUGAGGGUCAUCUUGGGUUGUUAUACACUACAUGGACAUGGAUAGAGCUAUGGGUGAUGGAGGAUUACUUGAAGGAGACAUGGAAAAAGAAAUACAGGUUGAGCUUGGAACCACUAAACCAGAUUUUGGGUAGAGGUUGUAAGGUUUUGUAA